AUGUCCAAUUUCCCAUCCCUUCAGCCGGCGAUGACCGUCCUCGUUACCCUAGGCGACAUCUCCCCAGUCGGUUCGGCCUCUAGGGGCACCCCUCUAGCCAUCGCUGCGAUGGUCGAUGGCUCCGUCAAGUCCGAGCCCGGCUUUACCCCAGCCAUUGAUGCCGCUUGGGUCGGCCAAGGUGCAGAUUAUAUCCAUAACGACCCCAGCGGGAAACAGAUGCGGUUGAACGCGCAUGCUGUUGUCAAAGACAAGAGCGGUGCUCUGGUAUAUCUUUCUUACAGCGGCGUCGUAGAUAUAACGCCUGAGGUAGGAUUGGUAUUGGGUGGUAGCCCGGACGCGAAGACGACAGCGUUUGGUAACUCUUUCAUCGAGAUGAAAUUCGAGACCGGAGACGAGAAUCUGAAAGGUCUUGAGACCGGAGUCUUUGUAGGGGCAGGCCGCUUUGUCGCUGAGAAGGGAAAGCCAAUUGUAGUGGAGUACAAGAUUAGUAAGGCUAUAAAGGGUAAUUGA